GUUUGGAAAAUAGUAAAAAUAGGAUCUCAAGAGAAUUAGCCGCUUGCUUUCUAUAAAAAUACUGCAAAGUGAGUCAGAGAUAGCCAAAUCUCAGACUGGUUUAAUAGAUCGUCUUUUUUCAUCUCUCAAGAAAAAAAAAUGAUGUCUCCUCUCUCAGAGCUCCUAAACCUCAAUCUCUCAGAUACAAAGCAAAUCAUCGCUGAAUACAUAUGGAUCGGUGGGUCUGGAAUGGACCUUAGAAGCAAAGGCAAAACAUUACCAGGACCAGUAAGCGAUCCAACGAAGCUGCCAAAAUGGAACUACGAUGGAUCCAGCACCAAUCAAGCCGCUGGAGAUGACAGUGAAGUCAUUCUAUAUCCUCAGGCGAUAUUCAAAGACCCGUUCAGGAGGGGGAACAACAUUUUGGUGAUGUGCGAUGCUUACACACCGGCCGGAGAUCCAAUUCCGACCAACAAUAGGAACAAGGCCGUAAAAAUCUUCGACCAUCCCAAUGUGAAGGCUGAAGAGCCAUGGUUUGGGAUAGAACAAGAAUACACAUUACUUAAGAAAGACAUCAAGUGGCCAUUAGGUUGGCCUCUUGGUGGCUUUCCUGGUCCUCAGGGACCAUACUAUUGUGCAAUUGGUGCAGACAAAGCCUUUGGUCGUGACAUUGUGGAUGCUCAUUAUAAAGCUUGUCUUUACGCUGGUUUAAACAUAGGUGGUGCUAAUGGUGAAGUCAUGCCUGGACAAUGGGAGUUUCAAAUCAGUCCUACUGUUGGUGUUGGUGCAGGUGACCAAUUAUGGGUUGCUCGUUACAUUCUCGAGAGAAUCACUGAGAUCUGCGGUGUGAUUGUCUCAUUCGAUCCCAAACCAGUCGAGGGUGAUUGGAACGGAGCAGCGGCUCAUACAAACUUCAGUACAAAUUCAAUGAGGAAAGAUGGAGGAUUUGAUGUGAUUAAGAAAGCAAUAGAGAAGCUUCAAGUGAAACAUAAACAGCACAUUGCGGCUUAUGGUGAAGGGAACGAGAGGCGUAUGACCGGGAAGCAUGAAACAGCAGACAUCAACGAGUUCACUUGGGGAGUGGCGGAUCGUGGAAAAUCGGUGAGAGUAGGAAGAGAUACAGAGAAAGAAGGGAAAGGCUAUUUUGAAGAUCGAAGGCCUUCUUCUAACAUGGAUCCUUAUCUUGUGACCUCCAUGAUCGCUGAAACCACCAUCCUCUAAGCUUUUUUUUUCUUUUCUUUUGCUUAUGUUAUUUUGUCUCUUCAGGUUUCGGUAUGAGAUUUUUUACUGCAAAAUAAUAAUUCACGGGCUGAGAUGUUCUAUAACCUUCGUUACAAUUGUUGCAACGGUGUCUAAGCUUCUUUACUGUUGUUGGAACUUAUUGUACCGGAUAAAU